CCGGGACUCGGGAUCCGGGACUCGGGACAGGGAUUCGAGAUUCGAGAUUCGGCAGGGUGGUUUCUGUAGGCUCCGAGCAAGUGCUGGUGUCCCCCGCCCGGCCCUGCGCCCGGGCCUGGCGCUGCUUCCCCGCGGUGGUUCUCUCGCGUCUCUUCCGGGGAAAAAAGCCAAAAUGGCCUCAGGUGCGGUAGCAAACGCCCCUCCUGCAGGAGGGGCAACUGAUGUGAGCCUGGAGGAACCAAAGAAGAUGACGAGGGAAGAUUGGAGGAAAAAGAAAGAAUUAGAAGAGCAGAGAAAACUGGGGAAUGCACCUGCUGAAGUGGAUGAAGAAGGAAAAGAUAUCAACCCUCAUAUUCCUCAGUACAUCUCCUCAGUGCCGUGGUACAUAGAUCCUUCUAAGAGACCCACACUGAAGCAUCAGAGACCUCAGCCAGAGAAGCAGAAGCAGUACAACUCCUCUGGAGAUUGGUACAAACGAGGCGUUCAGGAGCACGCCGUGGCCACGCGGUACCGCAAAGGAGCCUGCGAGAACUGCGGCGCGCUCACCCACAAGAAGAAGGACUGCAUGGAGAGACCCAGGAAAGUUGGAGCAAAAUACACAGGCAUGAAUAUUGCCCCAGAUGAGCACGUGCAGCCUCAGCUGAUGUUUGAUUACGACGGGAAGCGAGACCGGUGGAAUGGCUACAACCCAGAGGAGCACAUGAAAAUUGUGGAGGAGUACUCCAAGGUUGAUUUGGCCAAACGGACACUGAAAGCCCAAAAGCUUCAGGAGGAGUUGGCAUCAGGGAAGCUGGAGCAAGUGAACUCCCCAAGACACCAGUGGGGAGAAGAGGAAUCAAAUUCACAGACAGAAAGAGAUCAUAACAGUGAAGAUGAAGAUGAAGACAAGUAUGCAGAUGACAUCGAUAUGCCUGGGCAGAACUUUGACUCCAAAAGACGCAUCACAGUCCGAAACCUACGUAUUCGGGAAGACAUUGCCAAAUACUUGAGGAACCUAGAUCCAAACUCAGCUUAUUAUGAUCCCAAAACAAGAGCAAUGAGGGAGAACGCUUAUGCCAACACAGGCAAGAAUCCAGAUGAAGUUGGUUAUGCAGGUGACAACUUCGUUCGCUACACAGGCGAUACCAUUUCAAUGGCACAGACCCAGCUGUUUGCCUGGGAGGCUUACGACAAAGGCUCUGAAGUUCAUCUUCAAGCAGACCCUACAAAAUUAGAACUCCUCUAUAAAUCUUUCAAAGUGAAAAAAGAAGAUUUCAAGGCACAGCAGAAAGAAAGCAUCCUAGAGAAGUAUGGCGGACAAGAACAUUUAGAUGCCCCCCCAGCUGAACUGCUGUUAGCUCAAACAGAAGAUUAUGUGGAGUAUUCUAGGUGUGGAACAGUCAUCAAAGGACAGGAGAAAGCUAUUGCUUGUUCCAAGUAUGAAGAGGAUGUGAAGAUCAACAACCAUACAUGCAUUUGGGGUUCAUACUGGAAAGAAGGAAAGUGGGGUUACAAGUGCUGUCACUCCUUUGUCAAGUACUCCUACUGUACAGGAGAAGCUGGGAAGGAAAUUGCUAAUACAGAGGCAAGUUUAAUGGAGGAGCAGCCUGAGGAGGAAGAGCACAUGACAAAACCCAAAACACUGAUGGAGAUCCACCAAGAGAAACAGAAAGAGAAGAAAAAGAAGAAGCACAAGAAGAGCUCAAAUUCUGACAGUGAGGGUGAAGAGAAAAAGAAGCAAGAAAAACUGAAAAAGGCUCUCAAUGCUGAAGAAGCUCGACUUCUCCACAUCAAAGAAAUCAUGCAGUUAGAUGAGAGGAAGAGACCAUACAACAGCCAGUAUGAAACCAGGGAGCCAACAGAAGAGGAGAUGGAGGCCUACAGAAUGAAGAGACAGAGACCUGAUGACCCCAUGGCCUCUUUCCUUGGGCAGUAGUCACAGGAGGCACCAUUCCAGUACACAAGGCUUUUUCCAGUUGUUUACAACUCUCUAUAGACACUUUAUUCCCUUGCACACGCCUAAAAUGGCAGAAACCUUUCUGUGCUCUGAAGAAAUUUGUGAAAGCUUCUUUCAGCAGACAUGAGCAGUCUAGAACUUACUGGAGUUUUGUAAAUGUGUGUGUAUGUAUACAAAUGCAGGCACAUAUAUACACACACAUAUAUGUAAUAUAUGUAUAGAUAAAAUAUACAAACCUGCUCUGUAAGUCCUUGAAGGAGAUCUGACUGAAAUCCUAGGUUUAUUUGGCCAACUAGCAUGUGUGUGUGUGUAUAUAUAUAUACAUAUAUAUAUAUGGCCAACUAAUGCCUAAAGUUGUGAUACAGUAAAACUGACUAGUCAGAAGAAAUGGUCAGCAGGUGUGAAUAUAGAACAAAAAUUAUUGACCAAAAAUUGACACAACUACUACUAGAGUUUCUUGUUUGUAAAGCCUGUAUCAUGACUGUAAAAGUCAUUGUUUCUUGAUCACUUUGCAGUAAGUACUUUGGAAAUGUAAAAGUUAAUUGCUUUGUUCUGGUUAAAUCAAUAUGAAAAUCUUAAUUGCUGUCUAACCUUUUAAAUGAAAGGGUUAGGAGAAGCUGACUGUAGAGUUUUUAAAUUCCAAUUGUUUCUUCAGAUGUUUUUCCACAGAAAUUUCAGUUGCAAAGAUCUGUGUUCUUGAGUUUCCUUUUGAUAACAGUGUUGUUUUACAUGGUGUGACACCAAAUGUCAGGCUCUAAUCCCCUGGGAGAGUAUGAAGCAGCAUCUGCUUUGAUUUGGCAAUGUUAGUCCUUACACUGGGAGUUUCCCCUUUUAACUAAUUAAAAGUUGAAGAACUGGAUGAAAAACUGCACAGCAUGACUUUAGAGUUGGAAGGCUUGGGAAUUACUUCUGUUGAGGCUUAAACUCUUUCCAAGGAAAAACUGUUCUUUUCCACAAAUAAUUACACACAGAAGACAUACCUGUGAGUGUCCUGUGUGUGAUUUCACAGACACUGAGGACUGAAUGUUUUCAUUUGGCACAUGUAGCUAAUGAUGGCAAUUCUGCACUGGUCUGCAAUUGGUUCUGUAUUAAUACAAUAUAUGAUAUUCUCAUUGGUGAUCAAAAUUUUGAGUAUUUACUGUGUGUCUGAUCCUCUGCCACACAGUAAAAGCAAACUGUCUGAAUUGGCUGGUUUGAGCUGAAGUGUUCUUCUCGGGGCUGUAGCACCUGGGCUUGUGCCAGCAUGCCCUGCAACUGCUGUUGGCUUGGUCAGUGCCACGUUCAGUUUGAGGGAAGAGGAGCUGUCAGAAGGGUUCCUUGAGUUAUUUACAUACCUUUCUCAGAGCUGCAGUUUAGUCUAAAAAAAGUUAAAUCUGAAAGAAUUAAUUGUUUAUAAAGGAGGUAAUUCAGAAAUAACACAAAGGAAAUUUCAAGACUAACUUUGUAAGCUGUGGAUUGACUUCAUGGAAACUUUAAUACAUCGAGUCUCUACUGAA